UUAAGUGUGUAAAUAGUGAACUUUUUCAAAAUGAAAAUAAGUGGAUUUUGGAGACUCCAUAUGAUGUUCGCAAAAAAGACGAAUCUGAGUCAAUUGUCAUUCAUUCUAAGCAUUGGAAGAAAGCUGGAGUAUUCUACCCAAGAAUAUUUGGCACAGAACCUAUUCGGGGAGCAGAGCCACUGCCUAACAAAUUAAAUCAUGAUUGUCGCCUUCAGAAAACAAGGUUAGGUGAAUUUUUUCUGUGCAUACCUAUGCCACUUGAAAUUAGGGGUGAAAACCAAGCCCCUCAAUGGACAAGGAUUGAAGAAGGAAUACUCUCAUUAGACCCAGGUGUCAGAACAUUCUCAACUGGAUACUCACCUUCUGGACUUGUAGUUGAAUGGGGUAAAAAUGACAUUGGAAGAAUUUAUCAUCUUUGUCAUGCUCUUGACAAAUUACAAAGUAAGUGGUCAAAAAAAGAAGUUCGAUAUAAAAAGAGUUACAAAUUAAAGAAAGAAGCAAGAAGAAUUAGAAAAAAAAUUCGAACUCUUUUUGAUGAGGUAUAUAAGAAAUUCACCAAGUGGAUUGUUGAACAAUAUCAUAUCGUAUUACUUCCUGAAUUUGGGACACAAAGGAUGGUGAGAAGAGCUAAUAGAAGAAUAAGAAAUAUCAAGCAUUUUGAUCUAGUUCAUCUCCAACAACAAUUAUUUGAAAGUUGCAAACUUAAUUGUUUGGCCGAUAAUUUGAGAUAUACUCUAAGCAUAUUUUUGCCAUGA